AUGAAAUAUGAUAGAGAUAUUUGGAAUUCACAAAAAUAUUUAAUUGAAUUAACAAUACCAGAAAUGUCAAUUUCUACUGAUUGUAUUCUAUCACGUUUAACAAUUAUUAAUGUUGAACAAACUGAUUUAAGUUUUUAUUAUAUUAAUGCAACAUCACCUGGUUUUUCAUCUGAAUAUGGAAGAAUUCAUCUUUAUCGUAGGAAGAAUUUUAUUAUUUAUUUAGAAACAUCUGAUUGUCAACAAUUUAUUACUCAUCGAAAUAAAAAAGGAUGUAAAAGAAUUUGUACUCAAAUAUCGUCUACUAAUAAGAUAUUUUCAAGAUUUGAUACAUUUUUUUUAUCCUGUUUUUAUUUAUUCGAUUAUUUUAAGCAUUCUAUUUGUUAG